AUGUCAAAUGCUUCUUCGUCAACGAUAAAUAUGAAAAGGGAUGAAGGCAAACAGCAAUUGAGGUUUGUGUGGCUACGAAAAGCUCAAGGUUCAUAUUUUUUUAGGAUUUGUCUCCAAUCAACAACAUCCUUCCAUUUCCCCCAAUUCAAGAUAUUUCAAGGUUUCCCAAAACAAACACCAAUAAAAUUUUAUUUGAUCUCUCAUAUUGAUUUCUUUAUUGACAGAGACUCAUAUUGA